AACCUCGGCACGCGACCGUGAUACACGGCCGCCGUGACACCCGUCGUGCCUCGUCGCUUCCGACCGAAUUCGUGACCCCUUCCGUUCGCGGCCAGGUCGUCUGGCGAGGAGUCGCGGCAUUCCGCGCGGCCGCCGGAUCCUUCGCGAAUGCCGCGCGAAUCGCGCGUUCGAAAGCCGCCGCGACUCGCGCCACGGAGACGUCGCGUCCGGUUGCGGGUCGGCCUAUGGCGCGGCCGCGCCGAUCGGUGUCACGGGGAUUUGAAAUUAUUCAAACGCGAUGGCGGGAAAGCGCUGGAAUGCGGCGCAAGAAAAUCUCGAGCGUUUCUUUUGUUGUCUUUUAACAUUUUAUUUUAUUAAUUCAGAGUAACAGGAUUUGAAUAAAUUUGAGAGUUUUUAGUUACAUCGCAAUAAUGUUGCGAUGUAGAAUAAACGAUGAGAUUUAAUUGGCAAAUCCGCAAAUAAAGAUUUUAAACAUUUUCUUGUAACACAUUUAAUAAAUAAUACCAUUCGUGGAUUAAAAAUUAAUAUUAUAAUCGCGCGUUACCGUAUUGGAAAAAAUCAUCAAAGCAAAAAUUUUAUAAAAUCUUUAUAUUAGAUAAUCACAAGAUUAUCUGUACAAAUGAGAUAAUUUAUAAUAUUAAUAUUCCUUCGCUGUUUCUAAAAUCUGCGCCUUGAGUCGCUUCGUCAAAUUUUCAAAUCGCGGCGUUUAGGAGUGCACGUGACCGCGCACAGCUGCACGGACGGGUUUCCCCGUCCGCGGCAAUGUUCAAGGUGCAAACCGGUGACUUCGGGGUGGCGGACUGGCGGCGGUCGCGCACGGGCUUGCGCGUUGUUCAACUCGCGUCUCAAGAACGAGGCGCAAGGUCAAUUCUCUGCCGAAGAAGGAGGUUAUCGGGGCACGUGUCGCUUGCGUAACCCUGGCUGACGACCAUCGCGUUGCGGAGGACCGCGCCAGGGUUCAAUGGAGUAACGUCAAAAGCACGGGGUAUUUAUACACCUGACAAGAGAGCACGUGUAUCCACGCGGAACGCGCGCGCGCGCGGGCGAGAGAGCCUUGCGCGGAAUAGAUGAUGCUAAAAUCAGCUGUCCCUCGCCUACACACGUGUGCGUAUCGCAUGCUCGAUAUACCGAUUAAGCGUUCGCUGCCCGCAUGUGUGUGCGUGUGCACGUCAGCGAUCGACCUCUCCGCGUACGUUGGAGAACCGCGAAUAAGUAUAUAAUAUGCACCUACUUCGACCUUUCGACUCGAGCUUGGAUCCAAUUCGAGCGUAACGUCUCGAUACGAUAUAUUCGAAUUACACUUGACAUUGUCAUCAUCCUCAUGAUGAAUUCAUCGUGAGAGCACUCGCGCACGGGAUGAAGCUUAUAAUUAGCGAGAAGCUAAUUUGAGAGAGGAUUGCGGAAGUUUAAUUUGAUUGAAAUUUAGAUUUAAAUUAAUUUUGUUACUCGUUUUUGUUAUUUUAUAUUGCCCCGUUCGCUUCAUUUGGCCAACUGCUGCAGCACGAAGCGCGCGUCCCGCAUAUUUCCGCUCUAGUAUUAAAUAGUUAAGUGUUCAUAUUGGAACAAAUAGCACGAGUGUUCUCUCUCUCUCUCUCUCUCUAGGUAACGAAUAAAGGUUAGAAAGAAUAACACGAAACGAGAAAGCGCAUGAUUAUAGUCGCUAGGUAAUAAAUAAUCAUGUAUUUUUCUUCCGCCGUGAAGUAAACUUUUAUUUCCGCAGACUCUACAGUCGACAGUGGCAUUUCAAGUGUCGAGGCCGAGAGACUCGCGUUGCGAGAAAAAAUCGAAGAAACAAAGAGAACAAAGUUAUCAAUCCGAAGUUAGCAGCGGGUUAAUUAAUGCAUUCCGCCGGAAAUAUCGUCGAUAUAGGAAAUUCCAAUCAAACACUUGCAUCUUCAAAAAUUACCAUACUAGAUCGACAGUUUUAAAAUAGAUAUAAGAUAACCUAUCUAUGAUCGAAAAUUUCCAAGGCGUCUCGGAGAUGCACGCGGCAUUUCCUGUUACGAUAAUAACGCGCGAUACGAAUCUUCUCGAAUUCUCGAUAACGGAUAGCGAGGAAUGAGCGCCGCGAGCUGAUAAGAAGAGAAGAGGUAACUGAUAAAAAGGGAUAGAGCGAUAAAAAUUUCGGCGACUCUGCGAUAUACGAUAUACGCGAUAAUUCUCGUAAGAAUGCAAGUCGGUGACGCGCUCGCGUUAUCAAUUCGGGCUCGUUGGAUAUCCGAGACCCGAGGCGCGAGGGGACGUACGAACGUAUCGAGUAUUGGAUUUAAUAAGUGGCGACCUUCACGCGUAUCGCCACUCUACUCUCGCGACCGCGUAACCGCCAUGCGAGCGAUUUCCCCGACGAAUGGUCAUUGCACCUCUCGGAUCGAGAUGCUUCCACGGCCUUUAUUUCGUUAUCAGCGCGAGACCGAUUGCGAAAUUUGCGCCGAAAGGCGGGGGGAAAAAAUCGGCGUCGUGAACUUCGAUUCGAUUUGCGGACGAUGCAACGUAAUCGGAGUGACCGUUGUCUCUAACAGGACGCUCACUUGGCGUGUGAUAAUAUGUAUAAUGUAUUCCGUGAUUUAUCGAUGUCACCGCUUUCGUGUAUGUGUGUGUGUGCUUGUAUUUUUAUUACGUAAGCUCGCGAUUCGCGGAUCUCUUGGAAAUCACGAUUUAUAAGUAAACUUGCUAGAUUUUAAUUAUUAAUUGUUAUGAAUUAUUGUUUAUUAGAGAUUUAAAAGAUUGAUGAAUUGAGAAAAUUAUAUAUUUCUAUUUAUAUAUUAUGUAAUCGGUUUUUGGUACGUUUAUUGCAAGAUUCUGAAGGAUUUCGGCUUAUUCGCAUGUGGGUUCACGUAAAAAUAAAUCCGCGCAGAAAUAAAUGUGACGUGCCAACGCUUCGUACGUGUCGGUCAGCUGUGCAUCUUUCACCCGAUCCGUCACGUUCGUUACGCCACGUAUUCGAGAUGGUUAUAAUAUUAUCUGUUUCUGUAAUCAAUGCCAUAUAUAUGAAUAUACAUUAUAUAAAUUUAUAGGUACACGCGAAAUAAUGUAAUGUCUUUCCUCAGCGAGCCUUUUCUAUAUUAAUACUAAUUAAAUUAUAUUUAAAUAUAUAUAUCCGUAACGAUUUAAAUUCUAAUUAUAUUUACUCAUAUUAAUAUUUAUAUAUUAUUAAAUAUUAAUCAAUUAUUUAGCUAAACGGGGGAACCAUUUAAAUUUCGGCCAUUUAAAUCGCCGUGGCCAUGGCGCGACAACUCCGUUGGUACACUGCUCAAUUAGCUAGAGAACGUGAGGCAGAUUCAACGCUAUCUAGUGGCAGCGCCCUGGACGCGAGCCGUGCUCCGUGGACGGUGAACGAAAAAGAGAAAAGAAACGACAAACAAGUCGCACUGCUGCGGAAUCGCGCGGGUGAGGUACGAGAGCCGGAAUCUCGAACUGUCGCGAGUGCCGAUCCGCGCCUCACUUCACACCGUAGACACCGCUUCCUCGUGGAGAAGCAUUUGCGCGGCUGAUGCGCCGCUGACGUUCCGCGGGUUCUCGACGGUGAGCGUCUUCGCGAACGACCGACGUCGCCGCCGAGGUUAUGGUUUCUUCCCCAUCGCUGCGCGUCAAUUAAACCACGAUCGACCCGGCGCGGUUGGUUAUCCCGGAUUCCGCUCGCGAGGAGCCUCUCCGGUGCUCCUGCACUCGCAAAACGUCACGUUACACGGUCUACAAACUGCCACCGCUCCAAUUACGCGCUCCCACCGUCCUCGAUGUAUGUAAUUGACGAUUAAUUGCUCGGGCGCGAGUACCGCACCCCGCGCGGAAAAUAUCGAUGAUUCAACUCGAGAUCAAUGAUUGUCCCUUAUAGUUUUUACCGCCGCCGACGGACGGAUGUCGGUUUCUCCGUUGCACUAGCGAGCACCGUGAUGUAUCGCGACGCACCGAUGGAGUUGAUAAACGAUGCGUGUGUAAUUGUUGUAGAUGUAACUCCCCCGUGAUGACGUUCGUCGUGUAAAUGUUACCCAAGGAAGAGGCUAGGAUCGGCAACAUGACGGAAGGUGCGGAAACCCAGCCGAACGCGGGGAAUGAGUCCCAGACAGAAGCCUUAGAAUCAAGGGCAACGCAUAGCGAGGGCUUACACGAGGGAGCAGUGGAAUCAACGUCGCAGACUAUCCUUGAACCUAUGCAGGAGCUUCUUACGGUUCAUGGCACCACACAGGGAGAGAGCAGCGAUGCUGUCAGCAUUUAUACCGCCAGCACUUCGGUAUCUGGUAAUGAAUCCAGCUCGAGUAGAGUUAGCGCAAUAACCGUGGUGUUGCCCUGGGGCGCCCAGAAGGAGACGGUGAAGCCGCAGCAGAUCGGAGACAUGGAUCUGCGACCAGGGGAGUACGUGAUGCGGAUCCUGUUUGCGGAAUUUACCUCGCAGGCGGAGAAGAAGAUGGAGGCUGUCAUGACGGAACACGAGAAGCAAUUGUCGAAGGUCUUACAAAGGGGCGAGGAUCUGCAAUUCGAUCAGCUGUUAUCGGCCUUCGGCUCGGUCGCCGAGCACUGUCUGCCGUCGAUACUGAAGGCCCUGUUCAAUUGGUACGAACGUCAACUCGUGGACCAGGGUGGAGAUCAAAAGAAACCCGCACCUGGAAAGGAAGAUCAGAAGGGCAAGAGCAUUAUGUACACAAUAGUAUCGGGAAGUGUGGAAACAGUGGAGAGAAGCGAGGCAGACCUGCUGCAAGAGCGCAGAGAUCUCGCCGUCGAGUUCAUCUUUUGCCUGAUGUUAAUCGAGGUGUUGCGGCAGCUACCGUUCCAUCCCGGGCACGAGGACUUAGUAACUUACAUAGAAAAUAUCGCUUUCAAGCAUUUCAAGUACAGGGAAGGGAUACAAAACGAGCCAAACGCAGCUAACAUUCACAUCAUCGCGGACCUCUAUGCCGAGGUAAUCGGAGUUUUAGCCCAGUCCCGGUUCAUGUCCGUGAGGAAGCGCUUCAUGGUGGAGCUGAAGGAAUUGCGAGCCAAGGAACCGGGUCCCCACACCACCCAGAGCAUCAUUUCCUUGUUGAUGGGAAUGAAGUUCUUCCGGGUUAAAAUGGUACCCAUAGAAGAGUUCGAGGCGUCGUUUCAAUUCAUGCAGGAGUGCGCUCAAUAUUUUCUCGAGGUCAAAGACAAAGAUGUGAAGCACGCGCUGGCCGGCCUCUUCGUCGAGAUCCUCGUUCCUGUUGCUGCCGCUGUAAAAAACGAGGUAAACGUCCCGUGCCUGAAGAACUUCGUGGAGAUGCUGUACUCGACGACGUUGGACAUGUGUACCAAGUCCAAGCAUAGACUGGCGCUCUUCCCGCUGGUGACCUGUCUGCUCUGCGUCAGUCAGAAAACGUUCUUCCUGCAAAACUGGCAUUACUUCUUAGCCAUGUGCCUGUCGCACUUGAAGAACCGCGACCCCAAGAUGUGUCGAGUCGCAUUAGAGGCUCUGUAUCGUCUACUCUGGGUCUACAUGAUACGGAUCAAGUGCGAGAGCAACUCGGCCACGCAGAGCAGGCUGCAGAGCAUAGUCAACUCGCUCUUUCCUAAAGGCUCGAAGGCGGUAGUGCCGCGCGACACGCCGCUCAACAUCUUCGUCAAGAUCAUACAGUUCAUCGCGCAGGAGAGGCUGGACUUCGCGAUGCGCGAGAUAGUCUUCGACCUGCUGUCCGUUGGCCGACCGGUCAAGAUAAUCCUGACUCCUGAGCGCAUGAGCAUCGGACUGCGGGCGUUCCUCGUCGUGGCCGACAGCCUGCAGCAGAAGGAGGGGGAGCCGCCGAUGCCGCGCACCAUGGGCGUGCUGCCGAGUGGAAACACCAUGCGUGUCAAGAAGACCUACUUAAAUAAGAUGCUGACGGAGGAUACCGCGCGGAGCAUAGGGAUGUCCUCGUACUUCCCGCACGUGCGCCGGGUAUUCGUGGACAUCCUGCGCGCGUUGGACGUCCACUACGGCCGGCCGCUCAUGAUGACCAGUACGCAAAACAUGAACAAGGAACCGGACGAGAUGAUCACGGGGGAACGCAAGCCUCGAAUCGACCUCUUCCGUACCUGCGUCGCCGCCGUGCCGCGACUGAUCCCCGACGGCAUGACCGGCGCGGAGCUGGUCGACCUGCUGUCCCGCCUGACAGUGCACAUGGACGAGGAACUGCGCGCGCUGGCGUACCAGAGCCUGCAGACGCUGGUGCUGGACUUCCCCGACUGGCGGCAGGAUGUCGUGCUUGGGUUCACGCAGUUCCUCGCCAGAGACGUGCAAGACACGUUCCCGCAGCUGGUCGACAACGGUCUGCGGAUGCUUUUGCAGCUGCUGACCAGCUGGAAGAACGCCCUGAGCAGCCCGAGCAUUAGGUCGAAGGAGCAAUCGGUGGUGGACACCGCGCGGGUGAACAUACGGGUGGACAUCGGCGUCAAGAAGUGCGAGGCGGGCCAGAAGGUGGAACCUGUGUCGAACAUAUUUUACCUGGUGGAAGGCUUCGCCCUGGUCGUUCUCUGCAACUGCCGCCUCUAUCCUCGCCGACUGGCCGUCCACAUUCUCCGGGAAGUGAAGCUACUGAUGAAGACGUUGGGAGCGCCCGAAGACGAUCAACCCGUGAUCGACGUAAUCGACGCGUGCUGCCCGGCCGUCCUGGAAAAAUGCUACCCCAUGCUACCGCCGGCCGAGAAAGCCGCAGCCGCGUCCACGUCCAACGUGGACCUGCAGUGGAUAGCGGACAGGAGCAGUUGCGUCUGGACAGCCGGAUUCCACGACGAGAACAGCACCAAGAGCUCGUCCUCGCUGAAUCUGAACGGUGCCGAUCCCUGGGCCAGCUGCCUGUUCGCUUUCCUGGAGAAGGACAGAGUGCUCACGCUGUGUCCGAACGCGGUCGCUCACUCGUGGCCCACCGUCUUCACCCGCAUAAACUCCCUCUUCUCGGUGGUCGAUCCCACGCCGGUGAACGACAAUCGCGCCUCCCUGCUGAGAAGCUCGACGACGGUGAGGAAGCCGGUGAACGAGAGGGACGUCUACAUGCACAUCUGGAAGAACUACUUGACCUUCGGGUACAGAGUGGUGCCGCCCGUGCCGAACCCGGUCGUCCGGUGCGCCAGCCCGGACCUCAGCCUCAGUGGUCAGCAUACGGUGGAGUUUGGUGUGUUGUGCAUGAGUAAGGAGUUGAGUCAGAGCCUGGAGAAUCUCGGUGGGGCGCAGACCCUGCCGGGCCGGUUCUCUGUGCCGUCCAUCUCCGGCAUCUACACCCGGCACAAGCGUACCAGCUCGUCGCCGGACAGUUUAUCCGCGGAGCGUGGCGACAACAAGUCACCGGGCACGAACGCCAGCCCCGCCGCCCUCUACAAGCUGACCGUACCCCUGCUGAGAUGCGAGGCCGUCGACGUGAGGGAUGCAGCGGUGCAGGCAAUUGGCAAAGUGAACGCGGACGCUCUGAAGGACCUGAUGGAGGAACUGGUUCCCUACAUCCGGGAGGCGGUCGACCGCAAGCAGGAGAACAUGAGACGGCGACGGAGACGCGACGCCCUGCGACUGCAACUGGUGAGAGUGCUGGAACUGAUCGCCGAGUAUGGCACGUUCGGCAUCUGUCCGGCGGUUCUGGACCGCGAAACGCAAUCUUUGCAUCCAACAUUCGUCGAGUACAUAGACGGUGCCCGUAUCUAUCUGGAGAACGAGACCGACAAGGAAGCGCCUGCUGUGCGAGACAUCAAACUGCACUUUUGCAACUUCAUCAGGAAGAUGAUCAAGAGCUUUUCACUGGAGACGUGUUACACCUUGUUGAAGAGGGAUCUGAGAAGAAAUCUAUUCAUGUUGUUCGCCAGCUGGGCCGGCGUCUACGGCAGGCCACUUACGAGCACGUCUUCCCUGCAGGAGGAGGAAAAAUCUUGUACGGAAUUACAGCUCUCUGCCUUGCAGGCUAUGAGCGGAUUACUGUGUUGCGGAUCAUGCUUCAAUCCACAAUCCCUCUCGGAAGAGGGUGCAAUCUUGUAUCAGUGGUUGGAUUCGCUUUUGGCUAGCAAAGACGAGAAGAUUUAUGCGCUCGCACGAGAAACCGUCGUGCUGCUGCUCGAGGGAAAUCCCGACAUCGGCACUCUCCUGGACUGGGUGGUGGAUCGAUGUUACACCGGCGCGCCGCCGGUCGCCGACGGCUGCUUCCUCGCCCUGGCGACGAUUUUCAGUGCCAGAGAGUACCCCUGCGACCACUAUACGAGCGUCAUCAACGUGACGUUGAUGAACACCGGCUGUCCGCGCGCUCCGGUCCACGACGCGGCGCUCCAGCUCCUUCAGCUGCUGGACCAACGCUUCUUCGGGAACGUAGGCCCGCUUCCGGCUACGGAACUCGAGGCUGGGCAACACAAUGAUCCUCUUGCCAGCUCGACCGCCACCGUAACGUCCGGGCCCGGUCAGCAGAGUAAUCCCGCAGGUGAGAUCUCGUCCGGUGGCACGAUUAGAGGUGGCACACUGGAUGUACUCCUGUCGACCACGUAUUGCCGCAGCCAAAUGUAUCUCUCGCGUCAACUGGCCCAACUGCAUCCGGAGCUCACGAUGCCGAUGUUCAGCGAAAUUACACAUCGGUUUCAAACAGCCCGAAGGGAAGUUCGGCAAUUACUGUUACAAUACUUGUUGCCUUGGUUGCACAACAUGGAACUUGUCGAUCCUAACGUACCACCGCCGUCUAAUCCACUAAGUUAUUAUCAGUAUUACACGAGCGACGUAACACGCGGAGGGACACGCAGGGAGGGUUGGGGCAGCGCGGAAGCGACAGAGAUGGUGCUGAACAAUCUCUUCUACAUCACAGCGAAGUUCUCGGAUGAGCAUCCGAAGGAAACGGAGGAGCUCUGGGCGACGUUGUGCGGCUGCUGGCCGAACAAUCUCAAAGUCAUAAUACGCUACUUGAUUAUUGUCUCGGGAAUGGCGCCGCAGGAAUUGCUACCAUACGCGAAACGCGUGGUGCUGUAUCUAGCGCGAGCGCGUCCAGAUCGUCUCGUCGACGAGAUGAUGACGGAACUGGAGACGGUUGAGACCUUGAAUUGCCUGAUCGAGCGGACGGAAACGCCGCCGUUCUACCGGCUUACCAGCAUGAGGAAAGCCUCGUCGCACAGCGACGCACCGGCCGCCGAUCCCGCCAAUCCACCCCGCGAUCUUGGCGUUGAGAAGGGCACCAUUCAUACGAAAAGACACUCCGGAGAAGACCCCGUCAAAACUGGCUCGAAGUCCGACACCGCGCUCCGCGCGCUCGCGGGGUUUCAAACUCCACGGGCGGAGAAGACGCGGACCGCGAGCGGUCCGCCGGUUCUUCCAGAUGAUUUAUCAACUCCGACCACGGAAGCCGAAUUAACUACCGAUGAAUCGUGCUACGCCGCACGCAACGGACCCGCCGGGGUGAACGGGAAGAUGCCGUGUGUCGACGAGAAGUUCGACAUCCCGCAGCCGCACCCCCUACCGAUGCCGGAGUACGGCGGCUACUUCGCUCCUCUGACCGAGUACUUACCCGACAGCUCUCAGCCGAUAAGCGGAUUUCACAGAUGCAAUAUCGCCAUAAUGCUGCUGACCGACGUCGUCAUCGACGGGAUCCAACUUGACUGGGCGAUCCACGUGCCCCUGAUGCUGCACAUAGUCUUCCUCGGGCUGGACCACUCGCGGCCGCUCGUGCGGGACCAUUGUCGCUGUCUACUGCUGAACCUGCUGGUCGUGCUGGGCGACCAUCGCGACCACCUCGGCGUGGCGCGCGUGCUGCUCGCCUCGAAGACGGAGCAGCUCGGACUGGGCCUGUCCACGCCGGCGUUGCCGGUGUUGGACCACAAUUUCACGGAGAUGGACCCGGAGUUCGACAGUUAUCUCUACGGUCCGCCGGCCGUCCCGCCGCCGAGCACGCCGCCGCCGUCGUCCUCGCCGCCUCCUCCCUCAUCGCCGCCUCCUCCCUCGUCGCCGCCGCCACCGCCGCCGCCGCCACCACCUCCCAUGCCUCCCGAUUCCUCGGCAUCUCCACCAGCACCUCCGCCGCCGCCACCGCCGCCGCCUCCGCCACCCUUACCUGCUGCCUCGCUCGCGGACGGUUCGCUCAAUCACGCGUCCCUGACGAGCUCGACGUCGACACCGCCGACGUCGAUGAAUCACGCGAGCCAGUCGGCAGCGGAUGACUCGAAAGAUUGCGGUUCCCAUGCGUACGAAUCGGCAGUGUGCAAUUGGCCGGCAAGCGGAGCGACGACGAGCACGGUGCCGCCGGUCAUCGUGACGCCGGAAGAUACGAAUAACUGGACCGGACCUCAGCCGGGGCCCAACAUGCCGAUACAGGACGUCAUCAAGUCCUUGAUUAAUUUCCUGGCGUCCAGGAUGAAUCAGCCACUGUGGAAUUACGAGGAUAUGACCGCGAAAGUGUGGUGGGUUCGCAGUGCCGAGCAGCUUACGGUAUUACUGCGACACGUGUUACGCGUUUUCCGAGACUCGCUGCCGCACGCACUGGUCAGUCAGAGGUGGGCGCAAACAGCGCUGCAGUUGGGCCUCUCCUGCUCGUCCAGACACUACGCGGGAAGGUCUCUGCAAGUAUUUCGGGCGCUGCGCGUCCCCAUAACCUCCAGGAUGCUGUCCGAUAUCUUGUCCAGGCUGGUGGAGACUGUUGCCGAGCAAGGAGAGGACAUGCAGGGAUACGUAACAGAGUUAUUGUUGACGCUGGAAGCGGCUGUCGAUUCCCUGGAAUCGGACUUCAGACCGCUGGACUUUAUGAAAGAGAUCUUCAAGUCGACGCCCAAUCUGAACAACAAGGAUCCCGUGUCUGGAAACGUAAUCGGAGGGAAGCGCAGUCCGGGCGGAGGGAAUGGUCACCCAGCCGGGCCGCACAUAUUCUCUCACUUGAAUCAAGGUGGACAUACAAGGAGUACCAGCUAUUCGGUCAGUUACUGCAUGAAAAGGUCCAGCGGUGGUAACACCAACGACAUGAAAGAAAUGGAGAGUCGAGUUGGCGGCAACAAGUAUCCCAACUCGAAUCUUUCCCGAUCGCGGUCGGCGCAAUCCUUGAAGUUACUGGGCGAUUCCGCGACUCAGGACGACAAGAUGACGAUCCUGGCGCAAUUAUUCUGGUUAUCGGUGUCGCUGCUCGAGUCGGAUUACGAGCACGAGUUCCUCCUGGCGCUGCGUCUUCUUAGUCGCGUGUUGCACAGGCUACCGUUAGAUCGGCCAGAUGCUAGAGACAAGGUGGAGAAAUUGCAGCAGCAGCUACGAUGGACCUCGUUUCCCGGCGUACACGCGCUCUUGCUGAAAGGCUGCACCAGCCCUAACACGUACGAGCCGGUGGUCACGCUGUUGUCUCAAUUUACGCCUCUGUUGGAUCUGCCAGUGGUCGAUCCCACGCAAAGUCUCGCGUUCCCGAUGAACGUCGUGUCGCUGCUGCCCUACAUGCUGCUGAACUACGAAGAUGCCAACGAACUUUGUAUCAGAAGUGCCGAGAAUAUUGCGCAAAUAAGCGCGGAGAAGGGCAAGAAACUGGAGAACCUCGGUACGGUAAUGACGCUGUACAGCCGGCGCACGUUCAGCAAGGAGAGUUUUCAGUGGACCAAGUGCGUGGUGAAGUACCUCUACGACUCGUACGCUCACCUCAGUUUCAACAUGCUCGCCUUCCUCGUGGAGGUCCUCGAGAAGGGCCCGAGCAGCGUGGCUCUGCCCGUGCUCAGCAUCAUACACUGCAUGCUGCAUUACGUGGACCUGGCGUCCCCGGCUGCGCAGCCGAUCAACAGCGAGCUCCUGAGAGUGAUAUCGAAAUACGUGGAGGGCACUCAGUGGAAGGAAGCGCUCAAGAUCCUGAAGCUGGUGGUGACGAGAUCGUCGACGCUCGUAGCGCCGCCGACGUCGAUGCACGGCUCGUCCUGGGACUCCUCGCUGGCGUCACCGCAUCCCAGCUUCACCGACACGGAGAUAUUCACGAAGAAGGAGCUACCGGGAAGAACAAUGGACUUCACAUUCGACCUGUCGCAAACACCAGUGAUCGGUCGGCGUUGGUUGAUACGUCAGGGUGCUGAGGAGAAGUCGGUUGGCUCCCCGCGCUGCUCGCUAUCACUGUCGCCGGCUGACAACAGCGCUAUCGCGGGAUGGAAGAGGCCUUGGAUGUCGCAGGGUCGCGUCCGGGAGUGCUUGGUGAAUUUGCUGACGACGUGCGGACAGAGAGUCGGCCUACCGAAGAGCCCGUCGGUCAUAUUCAGCCAAAGCUCCGACUUGAUGGAGAGGCAGUCGUCCAUGGCUUCGUCAACGGAGGAAGUUUCCGGCGCGAAUAACGAUCUGAGCGGCGGGUCUAGGCGAGACGACGAGCAAUUUGGCGUGUUCAAGGACUUCGACUUCCUCGAGUAUGAGAGCGAGAGCGUCGAGGGCGAGAGCACGGACAACUUCAACUGGGGAGUCCGACGUCGUCCUCUCAGCGAGGGAGAGGAGCGGGAGCCCAGUUUGCGGCAGUUCGAGGAGAGCCUGAGCGAGAAAACGCCGCCGUCCAGCAAGCACGCCACGCGACGUGGCGUCACCGAGGAGUCGUCGGACGACGAAGCCGGCUCGGAAUCACCGUUGGACGAGGUGCCGGGUGGAUCUGGCACGGGUCAGGAGGCGAACAACAUCCCGGGCAUGUUCCCGCCAUCCUCCCUCCCGCUGAUACCCGGUCGCACUCGUCACGACUCUUCGACAAGUGGCUCGAGCGGGGGAGAUCUCGGGGAUGUGACACCCUGUGUCGCAUCGCCGAACUUGUCGUUGAUGCCGUUCCGAUCGAUCAUGCGGGACGACGCCGAGGAGAUUUGGCGGCAGCAAAUCCAGGCCCUCAUCACUCAGGCCCCGUACAACACCCUGAGCUUCUUCCAGUUGCUGAGCAAAAUUCUAAGAGACGUGAGCAGUAAAUCCGUCGGUCUCACACGCGAGUCGAGUGCCCUGCUCAGCAACGGUAGCCCCGCCUCGUCUCACUUAGGCUGUCACCUGUCUAGUCACGCUGAACUUCUUAGCACGAAGGCCGAGCCACCCUUAGUGUGGUUCUCGGUGGCGAUAUUCGCGAAUCAGCGGCUCAACGAGACGCUACGGUUUGGGAUGCUAGAAGUGCAGGAACAUCUGGAAACAUUUUUGGACAGGAAGGAUCACGCCACGGAGUGCUUGGAGACAGCUAAAGCGACCGCGAAGCUGCAAGCGUUAAGCGGCAGUCACACGACGGAAGCGGAGGAGAUGCUGCUGGAUUUGGGCAGAACACUGUACAAGCUACACUUCCAACUCUUGCUGCUGAUCGAGGCGUCGAACAAGAUGCUGGGCGCCCUCAUGAAUGCCGCCAGGAACGUGCAGAUCCCCCUCCAGGAUCUGUCCAUGGAGAUCGCUAACAUGAAGAUAGCCUUGAGCAGAGCGCUCGAGGAGAGCACCGAGAGCGAACGCGGCACGCCAACUCCGACGCCGAGUCCCAGUCCUCUACCGGGUACCGGAGCCGUGGAGGAGGUCGCCCGGGUCGCCGAACUCCUGAGGAACGCGCGCUGGUGUCCGGCACUCGAGGCUGUACGACUGCACAGGGCGCAGUGGCCUGGCGAUCCUUUCCACGAUGACGACGACGUGACCACCGCCGUUAAUAUGUACUGCAAGUACAUAGGCCAGGAUAGAUCGGAUAUAUUUGUGGUGACGAGGAAAGACGACGAGAUGUCGGAGAUAUUCGGAAGACUGAUGGAGAGCCUGUUCGAGGUACUAGCGGCUGUGACGGGGCUGGAGGCGUCAACGAAAGCCGCGCGCAACCAACAUGACCACUCUAAUCACUCGAAAACUGACUGUUAAUAUCAGCUUUAACGACGUAGUAUUUAAGAACCGUUCGUCUCUAAACGUAAGUCGACUUAUAUAUAUAUACACACACAUAUAUUUAACUGCCGUGUAUUGUACGUGUGUAGGUAUCUUGUGUACGAUCGUAAUUAGACGUAUCUACAUCACGACGAGGUCUCUAGCUAAGCACGCAAUACGCGCGGGAACAGCAGCUGUUUUCUCGCUGCUCUGUCUUCUUUUUUUUUUAAGACGCGAAGAACGUAACGGACGUAUCGCUAUCGAUUGUAAAUUCGACGAAAUAAAUUAUCGAAAAAUCGCGCGGAUAUCGGAGAGGCAUCUUGAGGUUCCUCAGCCUCCUAUCUCGGGAAAUUCGGUCGGGAUAAUCAUGCAGAGGAAGCGAUCGGUGUACAACGUGCGGCCUACGUUCCCGGAGGAACGCGAGUUCGAGUCGCCCCGGGACGUGACGCGUUUCGCGAGGAGAUUCCUCGAGUCCGCGGUUACCGCCGCGGUGAAGAUCGCCGGUCUCAUGGUGCGUGAGCGUAUUGAGUUAAGCAAAAUAUACUUCACACCGGGACUGUUACCUUUCGAAGCCUCGAGAGACGCCGAAGGAGUCUAAAUAAAUGAAUAAAAAAUAAUAAAUAGAAUAAAUAAAAUUAAAUAAGUCUUUCGAGGCUUCGAAGUUAUCGGAAAUUAUUCAAAAUUAAUGGGCCUACUUCGCACAUAGUUCCUGUAGCUUCAUUUCGCGCGUUAUCUCGCACCGCAAGGCGUCAUCUCGCGUACAGUGAAUUAUUCGAAUUGCACGAGUUCGAGCGGCGCACGCUCGAGGAAGCUAUUCGAGCUUAAACCACCGCAUCAACGCCGACGACGAUUUUAUUAGCAUAUCAUUAUUACUAACUGAUUAUAUCGCGUGCAAUAUGAUUAUACCAUGUAUCCCUCGAUGUUAUAAAAAUUAUUUAUAUUACGAA